AUGGCAGCCAAGAGGGAUGCUUGGUUGGCUAGGUCGAUAGUCCUUGUCCAGGGCAUUCCUGUUGCUAUGUCCGUGCAAGUACAGACGCUGGAUGAAUACCAAAUGACAAACGGAUCGAUGAAUUAUUCCAUGAAUGGAUCGUCGAAGUUUUCUUUGAUGACCACGACGCUUCCGUGGAGCUCCGUUCACGAUCCAACAUCUCCAGAUCGGGCGGAUUGCCCACCAUAUAACGAUGACAUUUGUAUUAAGAACUCCCCGUACUGGGGGAGCCAGCAUUCUUGCACAAGCUCGAUUCAGUUCUGCACAUCGUGGGCCAAGGACAUGCAACGCUGCUGCUCGCUUGCCUGCGGCACAGUCUACCUCACAGAGAUGGCAUGUGCCGCGGUGACCAGUGCGGGCAGCUGCAGAUACCCGCACAGUGGGAGCAGCGACUGCGGAGGAACAGCGACACCGGUACCGACGCCUAGCGUGACGCUCAGCCCGAGCAUCUCGAUGAUGCCCGAUGAGCCGACGUGGCACGCCGCUGCGGGGGGUGCGGCCCCGAUGAUACCCGAAGAGCCGACGUGGCACGCCGCUGCGGGGGGGGCGGCCCCGAUGAUGCCCGAUGAGCCGACGUGGCACGCCGCUGCGGGGGGGGCGGCCCCGAUGAUGCCCGAUGAGCCGACGUGGCACGCCGCUGCGGGGGGUGCGGCCCCGAUGAUACCCGAAGAGCCGACGUGGCACGCCGCUGCGGGGGGGACGGCGCCCGUGUCCGCCGCUGGAGGUGUUGUUGCCUCCGCCACGGGUGAUCCUCAUUUGCAGAACAUCCAUGGAGAAAAGUUCGAUUUGAUGAAGCCAGGCAAGCAUGUUCUGAUUCAAAUCCCACGGAAGCGCACUGACAGCGCGUUGCUUCGUGUUGACGCGGGGGUGCACGUAUUGGGUACUCAGUGCGCAGACAUGUAUUUCCAAGAACUGAACAUUACAGGCGCGUGGGCGGAUGUGAAGCGUGCUGGUGGUUUACAUUAUCACGCCCAGGAUGCCGACGACACAUCUUACCAUUGGUCCCGUUUUGGGAAUGUGCAGAUGAAAGUCGCCAAGGGGCGCACGAAAAAGGGGAUCAAAUAUCCUAAAUGCUUGCGCCAUUCCGCCCCGAUGGGGGGCGCAAGAGGUUGGACGAGGAGGACGAGAGAGACCAUGGUAAGCCCAGGAUGCAUCAACGAUGCUGUAGUACACCUUUCCCUCCCAGCCUAA